UGCCCUUGACGCCGGUGGAUCCCGGGCAGCAGCGCGCCUCGCCGCUACCGCUUACCUCGGAGCAGCUGUCACACAAGCAGCCGCUGCAGCAGCAACGAGAAGAGCAGCAGCAGCAACGCCAAGAGUCGCACAGAUGCCCGGGAGGCGAAGUUGGGUGCGAGCAGCAUAGGGCUGUUGGUGGUGGCGGUGGCGGCGACCAGGGCAGCGGCGGCGAUGAUGGUGCCACUGGUGGUGGUGGUGAUGAUGGUGGUGGUGUUGGGACCGGUUGUGACGUUGCAUGCGGGCCAUCACCGCAGCAACAGCAGCAGAAACACACCGAUACAAAAGUGCUGGACCAGGAUAAAAGGGGAAAGGGGCUGGAGGAGGAGCUGGCUGAUGUUGGGGAAGGGGCGGAUUCCCCUCCUGCGUCCUUGCCUCCUCCGUCUGAUGAGCAGGCGGCAGGGGGCUACGAAGAGGCCGACCCAGCACCAAACGAGGAAGCAGCAGUACCAGCAGCAUCGCCCGUACCGAUGGCGCUUGGAGGCGUUGCGGAACAGUGGCACCCAGAGGCAGGAAGAGCUGUUGGUGGUGAUGGUGGUGGUGAUGGUGGUCAUGACCACCCAGUUGCUGGCAACAGCUUCUGUGGCGGCGGCGGCGGUGAUGGCGGUGAUGGCGGCGGCAACCCGACUUCAGGCAAUGGAUUCGGUUUCGGUUUGCCGUUGACAAUUGGCACGGAGACAAGCAACGACGUGAGCCAGGCGGCAUUCGACCGCGCUCGUGCCCGAGUGGCCUCCCUGCUACCCACCUUGCUGGGCACCUCACAGGAAGAGGACUCGCAGUGCGGCCCCUCCCAGAACACCGGCUGGGGUGCCGCGAUGCUGUUGGGGAAAGCCACGGCUGCUGGGGCUGCCGCUGCUGCUGGGGCUGCCGUACGGGCACCCUCUGCUGCCGUACGCCCUUCCCGUUCGCCGUCGCAAGCUCCGCUGGUGGAGCAGCAGCAGCAGCGGCAGCAGCAGCAACAACUGGUAGAACUGCAGCCGAGCUGUGUUGCUGGCGUUGGGGAGAACGACGGAGGCGAUGAGGCCGGGGCUGUGGCUGGUCCAAGCGGGGGAGGAAGAGUUGCUGCUGAUUCUAGCGCUGAAGCGAUGGUAGCAGCAGCAGCGCUGCGUGGCAGCAGAGGGGGAGGGCGGCGGACCUUAGCACCGGCAGCAGCAGCAGUAGGAGCAGCAGCAGAGGGGGCAGAAGGAGGGGCAGAAGAAGCAGUAGUGCCUCCGGUAGCGACGGUG